UCUCCCGAGCUACUGGUUGUGUCGUUGUGAGCUGAAAAAACAUUCAUAUAAAUACGUGUUUGAACUCCGUCUGAGUGUGGACUAAUGACGCUGUCCCAGCGCUUCAGCCACAGUUGCUGUGGACAGGGGGCACGGUGAGAAAUGGACUGCGAAAGGCAAUCAGAGUCUGUACCUGCUCGUUUUCAGGGAGUGUGACAGACUGACUGGAGUAUCAUUUCAGUGGUUUUGGCCAUGGCCAGCUGCUGGCAGUGGUGCCACCGCACCUGCAUGUGCUGUCUGUCUGAGGAGGAGAAGAGGACCAUCGCUGUGGACAAAGAGAUCAAGAGGAUCCUCAAGCAGCAGAAGAAGAAGGAGAGAAGGGAAAUUAAAAUCCUCCUGCUGGGAACUGGGGAGAGUGGAAAAACCACCUUCAUCCGACAGAUGAGGAUCAUCCACGGGCGAGGCUUCUCAGAAGAGGAGAGGAAAACCUUUGCCAAAUGUAUCUUCCAGAACAUCUUAACAGCCAUCAAGGCUAUGACGGGCGCUAUGACCAUGCUCAAAAUCCCCUACUCCAACCCGGAGAACGAGAUUUUUGCUAAAUGGCUGCAGGACAUAAACACAGUGCAAAUCACCCAGCUGGAACGGGGCUACGUUGACGCAAUCCGCCGGCUCUGGGCAGACCCGGGCAUCCGGGUCUGUUACAGCCGCCGCUGCGAGUACCAGCUCCUGGAUUCCACAGAAUACUACAUGAGUAAUCUGGAUCGCAUCUCUGGCCAAGACUACAUCCCCACAGAACAGGACGUGCUGCGAGUUCGAUUCCCCACCACGGGCAUUCACGACUACUCCUUCACCAUCAGGACCAUCACACUAAGGAUCGUGGACGUGGGCGGUCAGAAGUCAGAACGUCGGAAGUGGAUUCACUGCUUUGAAAACGUCACCUCCCUCAUCUUCCUGGCCUCCCUCAGCGAGUACGACCAGGUCCUGGAGGAAAGAGAAACCAUAAACCGAAUGCAUGAGAGUCUGGCUCUGUUCUAUACCACCAUCCAUUCCCCUUGGUUCCUCAACACCUCCAUCAUCCUCUUCCUCAACAAGACUGACAUCCUGGCGGACAAAAUCCAAACCUCUGACCUGCAGAAAUACUUCCCCAGCUUCACAGGCAAGAGGCAAGACCCAGAGGACGCCAAGAACUACAUCCGCAAGUUGUACGAGCAGCAGGCCAUCAACCGCGACAAGAGGGACGAGUGGAAGACUCUUUACCCACACUUCACCUGCGCCACCGACACCAGCAAUAUCCGCAGGGUCUUCAGCGACGUCAAGGACACGGUGUUGCUCAAGUCCCUCAGGGACUACGGAGUCAUCUGAACUUUUACUCCGUGUUCUCGUCUCUGUCUGCACUAUUCACUUGUCUGAGUGAAGGCUCUGAUGAAGGCCAGAAUGUCACUUCUUUGGAUUUUUUCUAAAGCCUGGACAAUCAUAUCCACAUCCUUCUCCUCCUCCUCCUCCUCUCCUUCAUCAGGUCUUACUGAAGAAGCAGGUGGAGAAAGAAGGGAGAAAGUUGUACUCUUCUCUCACCUAUCACCAUCAAUACCACACUCUCUCUUGUCUUCCUCUCGAGUAGAUAACAUCAAAGUGUUAAGAGGGGACUCUACAGGGAGACAUAACAAGACUGCGUGACUUUUGAUCAGAGACUGAGAAAGCAGUAAUCACCCUCAUUCCUCUCAGCCAGCAGCUUUUUCCCCCCAUUUUGAUCUUUUUUUUGUUUUGUUUUGGGGUUUUUUCAGACGAAGAAGUGUUUGGGUCAUCCAGUGACUGAACUGAUCCAUAAUUGAAGCAGGAGCAGGGAUGUUACGAAGUGCUGUGCUGCAAUUAACAGAGUAAUGACUUUUAUAAGUAGAGAUGUGGCCAUGCAUGAACAAGCCACCUAUGUCACACACAUUUUAAGUGCUUUAUUUGAGUCUACCAGUUAUAUACAGGUGUAGUACAUGCUUACACUCACAAGUUGUAAGAACACAAAAUGUUUCCAUUAUGUCCUCUAAAAGGCAAAACAUGAGUUUCAAACUACUGCGCUCUUUAUAAUUAGACCUCCUGAACCAGAGGGAUUGUGUUUGAUUUUCUCUGUGAUUAAUGUCACCAGAGUCUUCGCCUAUUUCACAAACACUGUGCUCCUGUCAGCGUAGGAAAAUCCUUAUUGAUUACAGUUAUCUCACACUGGCAAUAUUUCUUUCUACAUUAUCUGUGUUCAACACAUCUGCUCUGCACCGUCUAUCAAUUAUCAUAUAGAUGGACUGUGCAGCUACCACCUGUUGAGUUCACAUUCACCAUCCUUACAUUCACCUCCAGUCUUUGUUUUCCACCAUGACUGUAAAAAGUUCACACACACUCAGACACUCGCUCUUUCCGUGUUAAAUGGUUUAUUAUGCAACUCUCUGUGUUACAUGUGGCCAGACGACAGGCUUUGUGUUCAAAAAGAGAAGAACGUGACAGGAGAGUGGGUAGCCAGUACAAGCAGUGAGUCCCAAGAUACAAGGACAGAAUCGCAGCGGAUGUGAUGUGGAUGAAAGUUGAUAUAGUUGUAGAGACCAAGUGCUUCAAAAAAAAUUAUAUUUUCAGUUUAUUUUCAAGAGUUUUGCAUGGCAUAGUUUCCAUUUUUAAAUGAAUCCCCCCUCGACUAAUGAAUUGGCAUUUUCAUAGCCAAAAACCAAUUAAACUGUACAGUGAAGCAGCUGAGAACCGAGGAGGCAGAUAUGUUUUUGGUAGGUUGGUGAUUCGGGGAUCCAUCUGUUGUUGGCAUGCAUCUGUUUUGCAUUCGCAACCUGCUGCACUGGUACUUUCCUGUUUCUCCACAAACUUUAAUGGAUGCACAGUAAAAGGGCAAAGGCCUGACCAACAGAUCUGUUAACAGUCCCUAAGCUGUUCAUCAUUGUUGUCUUACUGUUAGGAGGGGAAAGAUAAGAACAUGAAAAGGUCUAAAAUACUGGGAAAAAAAAAAAAAGGUUUAUAUCGUUACUUGCAUGCGGAGGGGGUCGCUCAUACUGUCAAAGCCAUAGAAAAUAAUCACCCAAUUCUUCAGUUCCUCUCAGCUCAUUGUUUUGGUUUUCUGGCCAGCAACUUUAAGGUUCACUCUCACCACUUUGUUUCCACACGUUACAAGCAGCUGUUUUGGGCGAAAAAGUUUUUUUUAAACCCAACAUACACUACCUAUCCAGCACUAGUGUUCAUUUCAUUAAUGAAAACUAUGACUACAUAUGUUUGUCAAUGACCUUUUUUUUCCAUGACUAAUACAGGACGGCACAAAUGUCAUUUAAACACCAACUGUGACUGUACCAACAUGAAAUAUCGCUGACAAAAAAAAGACAAGACUAAAAUGUAGUUUAAAAAAAUAAGAAUGUUAAAAUCUCUCUUUAUUUUCGUAGUGCAGCAGUUCCAUUUCCUGUGCUGUACAUGCCUCCUCUGCCGGCAGCACACAAUGAGCACAUUGAAUUUAGGAAAGAAACAAGGUGAUAUUUUUUCUGGUGACUAUUAGACUAAGAUUAAAGAGAAUAAAGAAGAUUAAAUGUCAGUUUUCAUUGACUCAAACUAAGCUAAAAUAGUUCUGUUUUGUUUGACUAAGACAAGACUUAAACGCCCAGACUUUUAGUCAACUAAAACAAUGGAGAAAAAAAAAGAAAAAAAAAAAGGAUAAGGUUGACAAAA